AUGAAGACAUCGACCAUCGUCACGAUAUCCGUCGGCACGGUUGUGACCGGCCUUCUUGCUUAUGCUGUCUACUUCGAUUACAAGCGGAGAAAUGACCCUGAAUUCAGAAAGUCAUUGAAGCGGGAGUCGCGCAGACAAGCCAGAUUAGCCAAAGAGGAGGCCGAGAUCCAAGGCAAGCAAAGGAGAGAGGAGAUCAAGAAUGCCGUUCAGGAGGCCAUUGAAGAGGGUUUCCCCACGGACAUUGAAGAGAAAGAGGCAUUCUUCAUGCAACAAAUAGCGCAGGGAGAAGCGCUGGCCGGAGAUGGUUCCGAUCCUGUCGGUGCUGCUCUUUGCUUCUACAAGGGCCUCAAGGUCUAUCCGGAGCCAUCAUCACUAAUCGGCAUCUACGAUAACACCGUCCCCAAAGAUAUCCUCGAAAUCCUGGCAAUCAUGGUAGCCCAAGACAAGAGUCUCAAAGUGGGCAAUUUCGGUGCUUCCAGCGAGGGACAUUCGGACAGCGGCCCGGGUGUCGAAUAA